AUGGAGCAGAUGGAGAUGGACAUUCCUCCGCCACGGCGGUUAAAGGGCAACUCUCUCGGCUACUUCUUUGCCCAUUUCUUGUUAUCCAGAAGUGAAUCCAAGUCGUUACCUUUCAUUUACCAUCAGUUCAAUGAUAAGUGGAAAGCGAAUCGAUCGAUUAACAGCAGGGAUGUGUGCACUUUAAUGGUGAGGAUUUCGAAUGUUAUUAUAGUUUAAAUUAUUGGAAUUUUUGUUAAUUUUAAUCGUGUAUAUAUUGAAUUUGGUUGAGAAUUAAAAAUCGUAGGUGAAAGUGAGGUUUGGCGGGAUUUCUAAUGAAAAAUAUUACACAUGAUCUCUUGAUGUUAUUGUCUGAAAACUUGUUAGCAUGAGGUUGAUAGACGUGGUUGUAAGUUGAUUUUAGAUAGUUAUAAGUGAAAACAUAUAUUCUUUGAUUUAAAGUUGCAAAAGUUAGCACAAAGCACGUUUAAAAAGGCAUUUUGUAUUUUUUAUAUUACCCAAGAUCUUUUUAUGUUAUUGUCUGAAACUUGUUAGCAUGAGGUUGGUAGACGUGGUUGGAAGGUGAUUUUUGAUACUUAUAUGUACUUACAAAUAUCUAUUCUUUGAUUUAAAAUUACAAAACUUAGCAUAGAACACGUUUAUUAAGGCAUUUUGCUGUUUUUAUAUAACACUUGACCUCUUGAUGUUAUUUUUGUAAAAAGAGUUGUUAUGAGACUUUAAAAGGCGAUGUUUUUCCAGAAAAUUAAAGCAAGUGUUGUUAUAAAUAUAACGGAUAUUCAUUUAAAAUUUUAAGUGUAGAAGAUAUAAUUGUGUGUCAUUUGAAUGAAGUUAGAUUUCAGGUAGUAAACUACGGAUGGCGCGAAGUUUUGAGGAAGUUUAUGCAGUCAUUGCGACGAGAAGACCAUAUGGAAUGUAAGUUUUUGCAACUUAUAAGAAUAUACGUUAAUAUAGUUAAUAUAAAUUUUAAUAUUUUUAAUAUUAGGGUACAAUUUAACAUUCUUGUGGUCGAUUUAUAAAAUUAGGUAUAUUGGAUUGUAAAAUACGGUACGGUUACCUUGGUAGUGGUAAUAAUUUUUAAAAUUCCAGUUCACAAUAGUAACCUAAAAACCAACGCCUUGUGGUACUGCGGAUAUAUUGUUGGUCGAGUAUCAUGGGAACCAACUCAUCCUGCCAAUUGUUAUUUGAUCAUUCUCAAGUGGGGCAAUGUGGACUUUCUGGUGCCUUCGAAAGAAGUCGUGUCGUAUAUGAAUCUGGGACUGUUGCCAUUGAAGCCAUCAAUAAUAUUCGAUGGAGCUAAGAAGCCUCAUCCACCUUUUGAUGGACUUGAUUGUAAGUUCUUGAAAUUUAUAAUGGAGUCAGAAAAGUCUUGUCGUUAUUUUACAUGUAGUUGUACUUGA